AUGCCCAUCACGGAGGUCAAGAUGAUCCACAAGGGCUCGUGGGGUCCGAAAGGGACGCUCAUCGGGGUCAACGUCGAGGACGGCGAGAAGAAGUCCUCCAUCAAGCGCAAGCUCGUCGGUAAGACGGGCCUGCGAGAGGAAGACAUGAAGGUGCGUUCUAUACACUGGUUCCCAUACGACCCCGUCAGCGUGGUGAACGCCGAUCCUUAA